GGUCUGAUUUCAAAAUAAAUAGAUAUGAUGUAUGCUAUCUAUAUAUCACAAAAAAGCAAUUUAUCAUUCAGUUUCACGUUCAGAGGAGUAAGAGACGUGUGCCCUGUUCCUCUCUGUUAGACACUUUAAGAUCUUCUUCUGAGGUAUUGCAUUUUUGUUGUCCUUGUUUCUUUCAAGGUAUUGGCCUGUCAUAGUUCAAACUUUAGAGAUGGCUGAUGCUCAUGAGACUGAGAGUGUUAAGGUAUGGAAAACAAAGAAAUUGAUUAAGGCUCUUGAGGCUGCAAGAGGAAAUGGUACGAGUAUGAUUUCCCUGAUCUUGCCCCCAGGUGAUCAAAUAGCUCGUGUUACUAAACUGCUUGGCGUUGAGUUUGGAACUGCUUCAAACAUCGAAAACAAGGUGAAUCGGCAAUCUGUGUUGGGUGCAAUCACUUCUGCUAAGCAGAGGCUUAAGCUUUAUAACAAGGUUCCUGAUAAUGGACUUGUGUUGUAUACCAGCACAAUUAUGACUGAAGAUGGGAAGGAAAAUAAGGUGGCCUUUAAUUUUGAGCCAUUCAAACCUAUCAACGCGUUUCUCUAUCGUUGUGACAACAGGUUUCACACAGAAGCUCUAAGUGAGCUUCUUUGUGAAACUGAUGACAUGUAUGGAUUUGUUGUCAUGGGUCACAACAGAACUCUGUUUGGGACUUUGGGUGGUAAUACAAGAAAAGUGCUUCAUGAGUUUCGCAUGGAUUUCUCAAUGUCAGUAGUACGACACCCAGAUAACACGGAGAAGCGCCUUUUCUAUGUGAACAAGGCUGCAGAGCUUGCAACCCACUUUUACAUCAACCCUACUACCGGCCAACCAAAUGUUUCAGGAUUAAUACUCGCUGCUUCGGCUGAUUACAUAACUGACCUUAGUCAGUCAGAUGUGUUUGAUCCUCGACUUAAGGCGAAAAUACUUAAUGUUGUUCAAAUACAUGAUGGAUGGGUUUUGGGGUUUAACCAGGCUAUUGAAUUAUCUGCUGAAAUUAUGUCCCAUGUAAAGUAUAUUCAGGAGAAAAAGUUGAUUGGAAAAUAUUUUGAGGAAAUCGGCCAGGAUACUGGAAAGUAUGCCAUUGGUGUUGAUGAAACUCUAAAAGCUCUGGAGAUGGGAGCUAUUGCGACACUUAUUGUGUGGGAAAAUCUGGAUAUAUAUAGGUAUGUCUUAAAAAAUGAUGUUACUGGUGAGAUUGUCAUAAAGCACUACAACAACAAGGAUUAUGUGAGCUAUGUUGCUGGUUAUGAGGUUCAGGAAAAGAUGCUUCUUGUAGAUUGGUUAUCAGAAGAAUACCAACGGUAUGGCUGCGUUCUUGAGUUUGUCACUGAAAAAUCACAAGAAGGUGAACAAUUUUGCAGAAGUUUGGAUGGGAUUGGGGGUAUCUUGCAGUACAAACUCGAGUUUGGAUCCUCUCGUUACCAAUCCCAUCCGGCCUCCACCGCGGAGAUGCAUGAGAUAUUCGUUAAUUUAUUUGAUUAAGGGCUGGGAUUGAUUGAGAUUUCUAUUACCUCAUGAUGGAGAAGUCUAAAUUAUAUAUAUAUAUAUAUAUAUAUAUAUAUAUAUAUAAAUAUAAAUGUAGGCUAAAAAAACUGAUCUAGACUGUUGUUAAGUAAUUUACUCAUUUGAGUGUAUGAACACAGUAUCGAUUAACUUUGAUUAUUGUUAGCUUUAUGAAUAUUAAAAA